AUGGCAUCAAAAAAAGAUGAGAAGAAAGCGGAUGAGGUGAUAACUGCUGUCUACAAAGUGAACUUGCAUUGCCAGAAAUGUGCACAAGAUAUCAGGAAGCCUCUUAUGAGAAUCCAAGGGGUUCAUAACGUGGAAUAUGAUAUUGAGAAGGCUGAAAUUAAGGUUAAGGGCGCGAUUGAUGUGCUAAAAAUUCAUAAACAAAUAGAGAAACUGAGCACAAAAAAGGUUGAGUUGAUUUCACCACAAAUUAAGAUUAAGGAAGCAGCUGCAACAGAGGAGAAAGUAGUCAAGGAAACCAAAGAAGCAAUUAUACGCACAACAACAGUAAAGGUUAACAUGCAUUGUGACAAAUGCGAGGAUGAACUGCGAAGGAGGUUAUUGAAGCACCAAGGCAUUUACAAUGUCAAAACUGACAUGAAAGCUCAAACCUUAACGGUUCAUGGAACCAUAGAGCCCGAUAAACUACUAGGUUACAUACGAAAGAAGGUGCACAAAAAUGCUGAGAUCUUGACCUCCAAACCAGAGAAAAAGGAAGAAAAGAUUGAGGAACAAAAAACAGUAAAGGAAGAAAAGGCAAAAGUAGAGGAACAAAAAACAGUAAAGGAAGAAAAGGCAAAAGUAGAGGAACAAAAAACAGUAAAGGAAGAAAAGGCAAAAGUUGAAGUUAAAGGUAAAGCAAUUGGGUCGAUUGAUGUUGUAGAAUUCAAGGAAGAGAAGAAGGUGGAGGCAAAAACUACAGAGGGCAAUGUACCUUAUUUUAUUCACUAUGUUUAUGCUCCUCAGUUGUUUAGUGAUGAAAAUCCCAAUGCAUGUUUCAUAAUGUAG